AUGGAAUUAGAAUACGAAGAAGAAGACUUUUUAAGUGAGGUCGAAAGAAAAGCCAAACAAAACUUCCUGCGUGAAGAAAUCUUAGACAUGCAUUAUGACCCUAAUCUCUUUACCCACUUCUGCGAAAGCAAGAAAACCGCAGACAUUGACUGUUGGGAAUUUGAUGAACUCCAAGAAUGUGUAAGAGAGUUUAAGCUCAAAUACCGUCCAGGAGAAACAUUAGAAGAUUUAAUUGAACAAAAGAAAAAAGAAGAGGAAAAAGAGAAAAAGAUUACGACGCCGUUUUUCAGUAAAAAACUCACCGAUCCUGAAGAGUCGAAACAGCCAGAAAUUCAUAGAAAAACAGUUAAAAAGAAUAUAGAAGAAAGAAAAGUAGAAGAAAAGCCAAGAAAUAGGGCUGGAGAUAUAAUUGAUCCUCUAGGAUCUUUUAGCUCAGAAAGGAGAAAUAUCAUGGUAGAAAAGCCAGCGCAAGAAGUCCCAAAGCAAAAGGAAGCUAAAAGUGAAAGCCCAAAACUGCAGACACCUUCUAGCACAACUCAGAAAAACUUACCUCCAAAGAGCCAAGAAGCUAUUAAAGCUGAAAAUAAGCCAGAGCCUAAAGAAAUUUCUAUCAAAACUGAGCCAGUUCUUGAAGAAAGAAAAGAAAUACCUUCAGAAAACUAUCAAAAUGAAGUCUACGAAAUAUCAGUAAAAUCAAUACCUCCAAAUGAAAUUUCUGAAUGCAAGACCUUAGAAGUUACUAUCACCCAAGUUGAAGUUGUGCAAGGCGGCUGGUCAAGCAUAGGUAGCAACCAGACACCCCCACCCCCCCUAAAAAUGGCACACCCACCCCCCCUCUCUCGUUUUUAUUCUAUAGAAGUAAUUGAUAGGAAACAAGCAGAAUAAAUUAAAUAUAACCCAAUUAAAACACUAUAUUGAUAAAUUAAGUCCGAGAAAUAAAUGUCCGAGAAAGCAUGCUCGACCGACCUAGAGCAUGCUUAAAUUAAGUUAGUUAUUUCUCCCCAGGUGAGGUUUUUGGCUCAGCAGACCUUGAGCUUUUCCUCAGCCGGGCCCUGCCAUCGGGUCAACGGACUCAGGGCUCCUGGGAUAGGAUGGCUGGCGAGAUAGACUGGCAUCAAGGCGUGUGGGACUAAACUGGGCAGUGUAGGCUGCACGAGUCUCUGCGCAAUUCAGACUUGGCAGAGAGGUGGAUCGUCUAAGGCAAGAUGGAAGCAAGUCCGCAGCUCACCGGACUCCGAUGGAGGAGACGCAAGUUAAUGGGGUGUAAUCAAAUCGAAGACGGGUGUUCUGGCCAAGACAACAGGCGUGAGAUGAGGAGAUAAACUACCUUGUCGUCGCUAGCGGUGGGUAAUUAAGGCCAUAAGGCCUAGCUCGGUGAGCUUUGGCUCCGCCAUAAAAUGGUCUUACGACCUCUAAAUCAUAUAAAGAUAAAGAUAAAUUAAGUCCACAAAUUGCUUUAUAUUUAUGAUUAAUUAAUAAAUUUAAAUUAAUUAGCAAUUAAUUAGAAAAUAUAUUAAAUUUGUUUUUUAUAUUUAUAAAUAUAAUGCCAAAGAUAUAGAUAAAUGGCAUUAAUUAUUAAAUUAGCCAAGCACAAUAGAAUAACUUGCAUUAAAUUUAUUGAUUCAUAAAUUAAAGCUAAUCUGAUGACCAUUGCACAAGGAUUGCAUGACUGAAUUGGUAACAGGAUUCAAUAGUGCUAAUAAAAUAGUACUUGCUAUUGUCAGUUUUACUUUUGGAUCUCUAAUUCGACUUUUAGCCAUUGUCCCACAAAGAUCAUAAAUAUAUGCAGGAUAUAUUGCUAAUUAGCACCAAAGAUCAUUAUUAUGCUUGUUAACAAAUUCUUUCAUAUGUGGUGUGCUUAGUAGUUAUAGGAAAUUCUCACUUCAUUCCACCUACUCCUUAAUCGAUUGUGCUACGCUAUGUGGAUAUUGUAUAAAUCAGUAAUUUUGAAUAUUUAAAAUAAUAAUUUAUUUGUACUCUAAAUUGGCAUUUGUCAUAUAUUUAUGCUAUAUUAAGGGGGGUGGGGGUGCAUCUGUGAAAGGGGGGGUGGGGGUGCCAUUUUUUAGGGGGGGUGGGGGUACCAUUUUUUAGGGGGGGGGGUGGGGGUACCACUUUUAGGGGGGUGGGGGUGUAGGGUUGCGACCUAUGCUUGACCAGGCGGCUUUCUUACUUCAGAUUAUGUAGAGUAUGAUGUCUGUACAUUGCCAUUUAAAUGGCAUGUUAAAAGAAGAUAUAGAGACUUUUACUGGCUAAGGCAAAUGCUCUGCUUUGCAUUCCCUGGAAUUUAUAUUGCUCCAAUUCCUCAUAAAAAGGCCAGAGGGAACUUAAAAGAGACCACAAUUUUUAAAAGAAAAAAAUUUUUAAAUCAAUAUAUUUCAGCAUUGAUUAGAAAUCCGUUAACGAGGCGAUCUGAGUAUUUUUUACGAUUUUUAAAAGAAGAUAACCAAGAAGUAUUUAAUAAUUAUAAAGAGCAAUGCAAAGCAUUGCUAAAUCCUGCAGAAUCACUGCCAGAAAUUGUAAGCAUAACCGGAAAAGUCACCUGCGAUCUUUCAGACAAAACAAAAUCAAUUGACCAAAUCAAAAAAUACAUAACUUAUGCAGAAGCCCUAAAAAAGCGACUCAAAAAACAAGAGCUGAACCUCAGAAACAGCCUUAUCCAAGUUUCUGAAUCUCUAAACAGCUAUAACGAGCUCAUCAAACAAAUGGAAGCUAUCCAAGACAUUUUACCUUGCAAUAAACCUAACAAAGAGGCCUAUUCCUCUAUCCAAAAAUCAUUACUCGAUCUAUCAGCUCAGCAUCUUGAGAAAGCCAAAAAUGUUAAAGAAUAUUUUGGCAUGCAUUUUAGUUACUUUUAUGACGAGCUUAAUGCCAUUAAAGAUCUUAUAAAAGAUCGAGAUGCCCGAUUUUCUGAAUAUAAAAGAAUAGAACUUAAAAAUCUUGGGAAUGAAAAUGGGCUAAAAAAUAUUUAUGCAUAUCUGAAUCAUCAAGUGACUGAAGAAGUGGAAAGGGUAGCUAUAGAUAAUGUUUUGCUUAAUAAUAUUCAUUUUUGGGAAAUGGCAAGAAAAGAAGCUGAUGAUACUAUUCAAUAUCACCUUAUUUGGGGCACUUUAAUGGUAAAACUUGCUGAGGCGAGAAAAACUAUUCCACCAAGACCUUAUAUAACAGUUAAAAAAUAA